CCAAGCCAACCAGCUCCUCCAGCACCUCUCUAACACCUCAAUUGCCAAUCCACAAUGUUCCUCCAACGCACCGUGAUCGCGGCCCGCCGCGCGGCCGUCAGCCCUGCCAUCAGGCGCAGCUUCUCCAGCGCAAUUGUUCGCCAGGAGAGCAACAAGUACAGCGUCGCUACCAAGGCGAAGCCUUUCUCUGAGAUCAAGAAUCAGGAUGAUCUCCUCCCCCAGGGUGCCCAGCCUGGCACCAUCCCCACCGAUCUCGAGCAGGCGACUGGUCUAGAGCGUGUUGAGAUUUUGGGGAAAAUGGAGGGGAUUGACAUCUUCGACAUGAGGCCUCUGGAUUCCAGCCGUACCGGAACCAUCGCCGACCCUAUCAUGGUCAAGUCCUUCGGCGAGGAGCAGUACGUUGGCUGCACCGGCUCCCCUGCCGACUCCCACGUCACCAUCUGGCUUACCAUGUCCCGCGAGCGCCCCGUCGGGCGCUGCCCCGAGUGCGGCUCCGUGUACAAGAUGGAGUACGUCGGUCCCCAGGACGACGGCCACCACGACGACGAUCACCACGAUGAUGGACUCGAUCACGGCUACGCGCACCCGCUGCUCGAGGAGCCGAAGACGUUUGCGGAUUUCGUGAAGCCGGAGUACAGAUAGAUGUGUUUCUUGGCUUGUGUGCGAACUGUACGGAAUGGAUAGAUAGAUUGGUCGGGGGGGGGGAGCGGAGCCGGGGGGGUAUUGUUGUAUAGAAAAUCUAUGGGUGGUUUGUUAUUUGUCCUGUCUAUGUGUGUCCGAUGUGCCAAGGGGAGAUACAGGGUGAGAUUGUAGAUAUGCAACUAAUUGAUCAAGAGUCCCAUGUAAGGCAUCC